CUACAAAAAGACCUUCGCUGGUUCCCUUUCCCCGAUUAAUAUUGAGCGUAGUAGUAAAUAUUGCGGAAAAACUGCUAAACAGAACCAGCUCCGAAUCAGACUAUGACAUACGCAGUCCUACUAGAAGAAUAAUAGAGUUUGGAUGUAUUACCUUAAUAGGACAUUUAUUUCGUUUGAUUAAUAUUUUAUCAACAAUGGCCGGUAGCAAACCCGGCUAUUUCCACGGAUCCUUAUCAACCGAAGAUGUCCAAGCUGUCGUCACUAAAGCCUUAGGACCAAAUGUCAAGAUCGUCGACUACCAGGCCAAGCCCUACUCCGAGGUCAUUUUAGGCUUUUUCAGUGCGCAUUCCCUUCUGGAAGUCACAGUCCAAAGAGACACUACCACCCUCUCCGAGAUUCACUCGUUCUUCGUCAAGUGUAUUCCUCACAACUGGGAAAAAGGGGCAAAGAUGCUCAAGGAAUUCGAUGUAUUCAAAUGCGAAACCCUAUUUUUCCGCGACUUGGUGCCAGAGUUGCUGAAGAAUUUUAAAAGCGAGCAAUGGAGCGCCGAGUGUUAUUUGGUCAAGGACGACGUACUGGUCUUUGAAAAUCUCAAGAUGAAGAACUUCAGAGUGUGUGAUCUUAUCUUAAACGAGACCGCCGUCAAGGCAGCAGCUUCGACGGUAGCAAGGUUCCACGCGGCGUCAGUCGUGGCUGAGAAGCGACUGAAAAAGUCCUUUCACGAGAUGCAUCCUGCUAUAUUCUUAGACUGGCAAUACAAUCGUGACAGUGUAUACUACAAAUGGAUUCUCGUUGGCAUUGACGCCAUCAUCGGCGUGGCCGAGACUCUGAAUCUCGAUGCCAGCAAAGUACGGGACUAUAUUAUCUUGAAACUCGCGGAGAUCGCGAAACCCUCGAGUACGAGACGUAACAUCCUAUGCCAUACUGACUUGUGGUCCAACAAUAUUAUGAUAAACGACAUUGACGAUUCGCCAAAAUGUAUCCUUGUCGAUUUCCAGACGCUGAAGUACGUACCACCGGCCGCAGAUCUCGCACACCUGAUAAUUUUGACGAUGCCUCGAAAGUCGCGCGAUGCUCUAGAAAAGGGUAUAAUCCAGUGGUAUCACGAGGUCUUUAAGGAAACGAUAAUGAGAAACGAGCCAGAUAUUGCGGUGCGGAGUGUUCAAGAUCUACUGGAAGAGUACGAAGAGUAUAGGCACUAUGGACUGAGUUAUGCAGCCCUUCAACACCUGCAUGUAUCUAUGGACAAGGAUUUCAUAGCGAAGCUGAGCGAGGAUUCCGUGGCUUACGAAAAGUUCUUUUUUGAGGAGAGAACCGGAACUGUGAUAGAAAUGAUGGAGAAGAAUCCGGAUUACAGGGAAAAGAUCACAGAACUUGUGAAGGAAGUCGUUGAAUGUGCCAAUAGUAUUUGUUUCUGAGUUUUCAGAAAUUAUGUAUUGGCAAACAAUGACAGGGUUAUGCAUUAUAUAACCGUUGUGAUUUAAGAAAUACUAGCAAAGAACGCUCGUUUCGCUCGCUAUUUACAUAUUGAUUAAAAUGAUAUUCAAUCAUUCGAUGUGUCAUUAUUAAAUAUACUGUUAAAUAUUAGAUGUAUCUUCGAUGAUAAUUCAAUUAGAUUGUCCGAUUGAAAAAUUUCAAUUAAUCAAAAAGCACGAUUUCAAAAACGUUUCAUUAUAAGAAUUAACUAUACCGCCGAGUGUAAAUGAAUCUAUUUAAUACAACCAACAUUUUAUAACAGUAGUUAUAACUACUAGUUUCAAUACAUGUAUAUUCAAAUAAGGUUACAAUAAUUCAUUUGCACUUGCCAGUUUUGGGUCUAAAUUAGUAUACUUUAACAAUCCGGGGCCACAAGUAUUAAAAAUAUGUCAAGUGUUUUAUCGAAUUUCUCUGUUUUCACUAAAAAGGCGGUAAAUGUGCAUAUUUGUGUGGGGAAUGAUCGUUAAGUAAUGAAUAAGUUGUUUUAAGUCAGUACACAUCGUAGACUAUAAGACGAUGGGACGGCAAGUGUGCAUUAAAAUAAUAUUUUCGAAAA